AUGCACGCGUAUCGCCUCGUGACAAUCAUCCAACGAAUAGGUUCUGUUUCUUCUUCAAGAUUUUACUCAACGACAUUUGCUACAUCAAAACGAUUCAUGGCUACUAAAAGCACUAACGAUUCAGUUCCUCGUAUUGAUGACAAAGAUGGAACAUAUUCAUCUGGAUGUACACUUUCUUAUUGGCUUGAUUCACUUGAACGACCAAAAUUUCCUAAAUUAACUGAAAAUAAAACAUGUGAUUAUGUUGUUGUUGGUGCUGGAAUUGCUGGUAUAACAAGUGCAUAUUGUCUUGCUGAACAUGAUCCAUCAAAACAAAUCAUAUUAAUUGAUGAUGGUGAAAUAUGUUCAGGUGAAACAGGUCGAACAACAGCACAUUUACAAAUUGAAUAUGAUGAUCAUUAUUAUUCAAUUGCACAUAUGUUUGGUGAUGAAACUGCUCGACUUGUUUGUCAAUCAAAUCAUCAAGCAGUUGAUUUUAUUGAAAAUCUUGUUAAAAAAGAAAAUAUUGAUUGUGAAUUUGAACGUUUACCUGGUUAUUUAAUUCCAGCAAAAGAUAGUCAUAUAAAAGAUGUUAUUGAGAAAGAAUUUAAAGCAUCAUCAAAAGCUGGUAUGACUGUUGAAUUACUUGAUUCGGAUACUAAAAAACCAAAAUAUCCAGUUGAUUAUCCUACAUCACAUUGGCUUCGUUUUCCUAAUCAAGGUCAAUUUCAUCCAUUAAAAUAUUUAUAUGCAUUAACUCAAAUAUUAACAAAAAAAUUUAAAAAUGUUCAAAUUUUUACUAAUAGUCAUGUUUUGGAUAUAAACGACGAUAAUAAAGAAGAUGGAACAGGAGAAGUUUAUGUUGUUACAUCAGAUAAUAAACGAAUUGAUUGUAAAAAAAUGAUUUUAGCAACAUAUAUGCCAAUCAACGAUCGUGUAACAAUGGUUACUAAAAUGGCUGAAUGUCGAACUUAUGCUAUGGCAUUUGAAGUCGAAAAGGGCGCUAUUGAACGAGCACUUUAUUGGGAUACAGAUGAACCAUAUAAUUAUUAUCGUUUAACAACUGAUGAUAAAUUAAAUUCAUCGAAAGAACUUUUAAUUGUUGGUGGAAAAGAUAAUUUAGUUGGACACGAAUUAACUUCAUAUGAAGAAACAUUCGCAUCAUUGGAAUCAUUAGCACGUGCAAAAUUUCCCAUAGCAGGAAAAUUACGUUAUCGUUGGUCAGGACAAGUAGUAGAACCUAUCGAUGCAUUGCCAUUUCUUGGUCUUAAUCCUGGAAAUAAAAAUAUUUAUAUAAUAACAGGUGAUUCAGGAACUGGUAUGACAAAUGGUACAAUUGGCGCAUUACUUUGUCGUGAUCUUGUCUUUGGACUUGAUAAUCCAUGUGCGAAAAUAUAUGAACCUAGUCGACAAAUGACUAAAAAUCCAUUUGGAUAUAUAAAACAUAAUAUUGAAGCAGGUGCAUCACUCUUUGAUUAUGUUACUGGUAGCAGUUGUCCAGCAGAUAUUGAAGAUUUAAAACCAGGCGAAGGCUGUAUUCAUCGUGAAGGUUUACAUAAAUUAGCUGUAUAUAAGGAUACAGAUGGAACUGUUUAUAAAUUUUCAGCUGUAUGUCCACAUUUGAAAGCACUUGUUCGUUAUAAUCCAUUAGAAAAAACAUUUGAUUGUCCAUUUCAUGGAUCACGUUUUGAUAGAUAUGGCAAAGCUAUCAAUGGACCAACAAAACAUCAUUUAUCAGACAGUAAUUGCGAAGUUAUUCCACCAGGAUCGACUUCAUCAAAAUAA